GAAUGAGAUUGAAGGAGAUGCAGAAGCAACUGACCAGACUGACCGUGGUGUUACUGAUGGCCUUAGAAGCCGCCAGCCAAGCCCUGCCCGGCUGCCCGUACUCAUGCGGAAUUGUUUCAUCGAUUCCGUAUCCAUUCGGCAUCGGCAAUUCAAACCUCACCGGUGAAAACUGUUUUCUGGACAAAGAAUUGAAUCUCACUUGCACAAACUCAACCUUGUAUCGCGGUAAAGGUAACGUCCAAAUUCUGAACAUAACCCUCGCCGGUAAAAUCGACAUGCUCACCUACAUCUCCGAGGUCUGCAAAAACGAAUCGUUAGGUAGAGAAGAAACACACGGCUACGAUGUCAGUCUCACAACACCGGCUUUUGCCAUUUCUAGUGAGGACAACAAGUUCGUGACCGUAGGCUGCGACACCUACGGCUAUCUCAACAGUUUCCGGAACGGCACAGAAUCUUCAACGGGGUGCUUGACCAGGUGCGACACCUUAGAGAGCGUUGAAAGCAUGCAGAGAAGUGGAAACUGCACCGGCAUAGGGUGUUGCCAGGUCGACAUUCCUCCUGGGAUGAAGAACAUCACUUUUGAAGCUUUCUCCUUCAACAAUUUCAAUUCCACUUCCGAUUUCAACGACUGUGGCUUCUCUUUCGUCGUCAAAAACGGCAACUACACUUUCUCCGUCGAUCAUUUAAACCGCGCCCCGUUCAGUAUGACACCUAUUGUCAUGGAUUGGAGCGUUGGAAACGACACGUGCGAAGCUUCCAUGCUCAGAGCAGAUUAUGCAUGCAAGAGUCCUUAUAGCGAGUGUGAGAACUCCCCGUUUGAAUAUGGUUACCGAUGCAAAUGUAAACAAGGCUUUCAGGGAAACGCUUACCUUCUCCAUGGUUGCCAAGGUAAUUCCUUUAUUUUUUACUUAAUUUAA